AUUAUUGUGGACUAGCAACCAGGAGUCCCAUGCUGCUGUCUAUCUUGUAGGCGAAGUAUGCAACAUGCUAUCUAGUCCAUGGCACUCCAUUGCAAGCCCUCCCAUGUGUCACCAGCAUAAAACUUGAUGUAAUCAACAACCUGCAGGUACGGUACACUUCAUCGCCAUGAAAGCAAUAAUGAUGUCAAAGCCAGCGGCAAGCACAUAACCACGGCGAGCGACAUGCCCAAAGGCAGCCCAUGGCACGCUGGGUAGGAAAAUGAGGAAAGAUUGGAUUGGGGACAGGUUUCUGGUGAUGAGAGGAGCAUUCCACAAAUUUACUUUGGCUUCUUUUGGACGUUGUUGGUCAGAUGGAUCUGAGAGGUAUCCAAGGCUCGGAGGGUGCUCGAAGGGCUUGGAAACGGAAGUGACAGCGAUGACGUCAUCCUCAUUUUUUCCCAUUAUUUUGUGCGCCACAUCCAAAGGGAAGGAAUAGAGCAAAGAAGGAUCGAUCGUGUGAAACAUUCCAUUGGAUCGGCAUCUCCUCUCUGUCUAGUAGCUAGCUAGACUACUAGAGAAAGAAAACAAUGUCACAAUAAUAGUCUACAGAGAAAAUGACAAGACGUUUGCAUCAACACGAAUCCCUCUUUUUGCUGACUGCCUUUGUCAUUCUAUCGGCGGUCACAACAGCCACACAUCCCCAUGGCUGGAAUCCUUCCAUUUCGCUGACGGAUGAUUCGAGAGAACCCUUGGAGAAUGGGUUUUGCCCCGAUAUUGCCGGCUUUGGAUCCGGUUUGAAUUGCGCUCGGAUGCAGGCCCAUUCCUGCAAACCCGAAGGAUCCGAUACGCAGUUCGGAUACGACCCCGUUACCAAGGCCAUUUACAGUGUCACGUAUACGGCCGACUGUAAUGCGGUUAGUGGCGAAGAACGGGGAGCCUGUGUCACGGUACAAGACAAUGAGAUUGUCGCGGGAGCAUCGUUUGGGUUGGCCGCUUGUGACAAUGACAAUGCAGCACAGCAAUUUACCUGGACGACCAAUGGACAAUUUCAGAUUUGGUCGGCCGCCGACAAUGUCCUGUAUUGUCUGGCUGUGGGCAGCGACGUGCGAGAAGCCGGUCGCUAUUAUGCCGCAGAUCUGAUAUUGGCCGAUUGCGAUGCCACCGAUUUGGUCUUGACCCAAUGGACCGUCGAUAACCAGGAGGGUUUUGCUGCUGAGGAGGAGGAGGAAGAGGUGAGUGGUAAUCAAGAAGAAGAGUCCGAGGAUAUAGAUGACGAUGAUAUCAUGGGUGGGCAAAUAUUGGUCAAUUGCAGCAUGCACAACGCCACUCACAGCAAUACUAAUAUGACCAACAGCAGCAGCAUCCUAUGCAACAACAUGACGACAAUGGUAUAG